AUGAGAGUGGCCUUUUUUGUUGGGUUGGUGUUUUGUUCUUUCGGGGUAGGGCAAUGUGAUUUGGGUCUCAAUGUUGGGGUGCCAGGAUUUGUGCAAAGUGUGGCGAAAGCCGUUGGGAAUCCGAUAAUUCCGCUUACCAAGGCGAAUGCAACAAUCCGAGUGGAUGUGAAGGAUGAUGAAAGUGAUACACUGAUAAAUUUAAUCAAAGUGUCGAACAAUGUGACUUUUCCGAUGAACAAAAUGCUUGGUUAUGUGCUGAGAAUGCCGACGAUGAAAAAUAUGAGCACAUGUGAUGUGUUCAAUAACGUUUCGAAGUUGAUUAUGGAAACCGAGUUGUCUAUAAAAGCAUUGGAUUCAACGGUCCAACAGAUUGAAAAUAAAACCAAGAGUGGGAACUACGAAGCACUGUACAGCAACUAUUCGAAUAUUGCGGAAUCUUUGGGCGAGCUUUUGAGCAAUGUUUCACACCUUUAUGAGAUUGUUAAGCUGAUAGAGACGGAAGAAUACCCCGUAACAGUAGAGAAUGUUACAAAUUUCAUAAACAGUACGGUGCAAUCGAAUUUUACCUCUCCCCUGAGAUCAAUUUCUAGCAGCAUUCUGAAGGUGGCAGAUCUUAUCAGAGUAAUCGCAACCGAAAGAAUCCAAUCUGUGACUUUUCUGAAAGAAAUAAAAACCGUUACCCGGAACAACCGCAACAGCAUCGAGGCUCAUUCUGCAGCGUACAAUAAGUCAGUGACAGAUACCUUGGAACGGAUAUCCAACAUCAGAAUAAACACAUUCAAAUCCAUCAACGAAACCUACAAAUCCAUCCUUUCGAAAUCUGCCGAUUACAACGGAGGAGUCAUGACCAAUCUUACUCAGUUCCUGCAGGACAUGCAAACGGCAAACGCAAGCUUUAGCCAGUUUGUAGAAUUUGGUACCAACUAUUCCAAGGAACAGGUGAACCAAACACUCGAACAGCAGCUGAACCUAACCUCAACCGUGCUUCUCAACGUGGCCACCAACAUUUCGAAUGAAGCUGCCACCAAUUCGAGCCAGUUUGUGGGACCCUGCCUUCAGAGGGCCAGACAACACCUGCUCACACCGCCCCUUAGUUUGGAUCGUCUAUCGACCUGCAUGGCCCAGGAAGCCAACAGCUAUCAGACGAGCAUCAUUUUCGUCCAGAACCAGAUGGAAGUGGCCCGGCUGGCUGCCGUCUCGAUUGCGACCCAAAUGGCCAAAGUCUGCCACAAAACCAAUGGGAAAUGUGCCGGUGCUUUCUUUGGCGCCUUCCCGGAGCACUCGGUUUGGGUGCAGGAUAAGGUGUCGGCCGUUUCCGGCGGAGUUGCCGAUGAUUCUUAUGUGAUAAUGAGUAAAAUCCAGAAUUGCAUUAUGGGCACGGCUGGAGAGCUAGAGGAUAAUAUUUUGGAUGUGGAAAAUCGGUUCAAUAGUUGUCUGGCCAGUGGGACGUUUUGA